UUCCAUAGAGAGCAUGUCUACAUCAUGGUGCAUUGUGUUUACUCCAUCCACCCUGUUUGUUCACAGAUUCUGGCUGAAAAGGUCUGAUUGGCAGGAUGAACCAGAUAACUGGAAGGGGGAAGACCCUUCUGGGGAGAACUGUGCACUGUACACCAAACAAGGAGACUGGCUUGACCACUCCUGCAAGAAGCUGCAUACAUUUGUGUGUGAGACGGUAGCCACCUCUAGGGUCUGUCCUGAUGGGUGGGCUCACAACAGUGGGAAGUGCUACCUCUUCUCCUCCACUAGAAAGACCUGGAAUCAGAGUCGAGAUCACUGCAUCACAUUAGGGGGGCAUCUGGCCAUUGUGACCAGUCAAGAGGAACAGUAUUUUCUAUCCCAAAGUGCCAUUGAGUAUUUAUACUGGAUGGGACUGAGUGACCUGGAGACAGAGGGACAGUGGAUUUGGGUGGACAGCACACCUCUCAAUGAGACUGGAGUCGUAUUCUGGAAGAAAGGGUCUGAUGGACAGGAUGAACCAGAUAACUGGGAGGGGGAAGACCCUUCUGGGGAGAACUGUGCAGUUUUCACCAAAUUUAAAGGCUGGCAGGACAACUCCUGCAAGAGGGAUGGUACUGGUCCCCUAAUUCCUCAUUCAUCCUCAAUCAAAUUUAAGUACAUGGCACGAUUGACAUAUGAGGCUUCAGUGCCCCACUAUGUUACCCUCAAACAUACGGGAGAUGCUUGGGAGGACAGGAUCCUGGUGGUGCAGUGUUGA